CAACCACGGAAGGAUUCGCAUCCUUACUACGAAGGCAGGAAGUAGGAGAAAAUCCGAUUACUCUUUACACCCUCUUCGUAAACAACAAAAUAUAAGCUUUCGCGUCCCGGAUCAGGAGAGGAAAAACAAACAGACAAAAACAGUAACAAAAAAAAAAGAGAAAAAAUAAAUAAAUAGAAAUAUUUCUGCCAUUGCAUGGCAGCAGGAUACGCCGGCCUGACAGACGAGGAACGCAAGAUGUCAUCGCAGGAAAAAUGCAACAACUUUAUGCGCCAGUUCAGAGAUGAUGAAUCUCGCGAGCUGAAAAAGUUGACCGCCAAUCAGUUUAUGGAAGUGUGGAGUCAUUAUGAUGCCGAUGGUAACGGCUACAUUGAGGGAUCAGAACUUGACGGCUUCUUAAAGGAAUUCGUGUCGAGCGUUAACUCGAAUGACUCAGGACCCGAGUCUGUGUCCGAUUCCAUGCUUCAAGAACUGAAAGAAUGUUUUAUGGAAGCUUAUGAUGACAACCAAGAUGGAAAGAUUGAGAUACGGGAGCUUGCCCAGUUGCUGCCUAUGGAAGAAAACUUCCUUUUGCUCUUUAGGUUCGACAAUCCUCUUGAGUCAUCCGUCGAAUUCAUGAAGAUUUGGAAAACUUACGACAAAGACAACAGUGGUUUUAUUGAGGCAGACGAAUUAAAGAAUUUCCUCCGAGAUCUUCUCAAAGAAGCGAAGAAAGACCAAGAUGUUUCAGAAGAUAAGCUUAUCGAGUACACAGAUACCAUGCUUCAAGUUUUUGACCAGAACAAGGACGGGAAACUUCAGCUUUCAGAAAUGGCCAAACUGUUGCCAGUUAAGGAAAAUUUCCUAUGCAGAUCAGUGUUUAAGGGUGCAUCGAAACUGACCAAGGAAGAUAUAGAAAGAGUCUUUGCCUUGUACGAUAGAGACAAUAAUGGCACGAUUGAAAACGAGGAAUUAAAUGGCUUUCUUAAAGACCUUUUGGAGUUAGUGAAAAAGGACUACGACGCUCUCGACCUUCAGGAAUUCCAAGACGCCAUUAUGCGCGGCUGCGACUUCAACAAAGACGGGAAAAUUAACAAAAAGGAAUUGACGAUGAUUCUUCUGGCUCUCGCGAAGCACGGCGGCGAGGACGAGUUGCAGACAGCCGGCACGGGCGUCCAGCCGAUCAUCCACCCGUUGAGCGAGAUUGCAUCCAUGGGCAUGAAAGCUCUUAAAAUGCAGAAGUUACGGGUAAGGCAUUUUGUCACCCGCACCCUUGGCAACACUGGCGCCGCUGCUCCUACCGCUGGUAACACUGCGACCUCGAGUUAGUUGGUUUGAAAAAAAAAUUGAAAAAUUUUGAAAAAUUUUGAAAAAUUUUGAAGAAAAAAAAUUUGGGGGGAAAAUGUUUGAAAAGUUUUUUGAAAAUUUGGAGAAGAUAUAUAUAUAAAAGAGGUUUUGAAAAAUGAUGAUGAGGAUGAGGAUUUUUAAAAAUUCUAAGAGAAAUAUUUGAAAUUUUGAAAAAUGAU